AUGGAGGAAUAUCUAGCGCUGGGGCACAUGAGUAAGGUCGACAAUGUUUCUGCAGGAUCAGUCAAACGGUGCUAUCUACCGCACCACCCGGUGGUCAAGGAAUCAAGCACUACCACCAAGGUUCGCGUGGUCUUCGAUGCUUCUUGUAAGACCUCUUCGGGAGUAUCGCUCAACGAUGUGUUGCUGGUUGGGCCAGUGAUACAGGAGGAUCUACGAUCAAUAAUCUUACGAAGUCGGACCAAACAGAUCAUGCUCGUGUCCGACGUGGAGAAAAUGUUCCGGCAGAUCAACGUAAGCCCACAAGAUCGACCACUUCAGAGUAUUCUUUGGCGUGCCACGCCAACAGACAAAAUUGACACUUACGAGCUAAAUACAGUUACGUAUGGUACCAAACCAGCGUCAUUUUUGGCUACCAGGACGAUUCAACAGCUGGCUGUAGAUGAGGAGAACCACUUUCCACUUGCUGCAAGGGCGAAGACACGUACAUGGAUGAUGGCACUGGCGCAGACGAGGUCGAUACAGCACUGA